AUGACGGCCUAUGCCCACAGCCUGGCCGAGGAGGCCACAGACCCAGAGAAGGCAGUGAGCCACAAACUAGCGGAGCUGGUGUUGAAAGGAGGGGCGGCGAACUUGCAUCCUGCGGCGAUCGCAUCUUUGCUUCGCUGCACAGAGCGGCUUUUGCUUCCCUUGGCCCCGCCGCUUCUCGAGGCAGCCGCCGACAAACUGAAAAUGGCACUUCACAGCGGAGAGGAUUCGCUGCCCCCGAAGCGCUUCGGGGAGGCUUUGGCGGCUUUGUCUGAGUUGGGAGCCGACUUAGAGGACGUCUACGAGACGCUAUCGCAGCGACUCGCCGACAACAUUCUCUGGUGGCGUCGAGAAGAUGGUCGAACGGAGGACUUCGCCUUGCUCUUUGUGAACAGGUGGCUCUUCGAUCUUCUGGGGACGCGCGUGGGGCAAGGCCGUGCCGUUUUUGACCUUGCUCUGGCGGAGCUUCUGCGAGACAGGCUUUGCAAGGAGCUGCCAGACGCCGUUCGCGCACCGGGAGACCUCGCGAGGCUGAUCCGGACUAUGGAUGCCAUGGCUAUGAAUCGGGCACAUCGGCCGACUCUGUGGCGCGCUUUCCUCGCCACCGUGGCGCGCGCUGCGCCCCAUCAGGAUGCAGCCGCCGCCCCCCAGACGUGGCUGCCGCAGCUGCUGGAGCUCUUGAGGCGUUCGCCCUUCGCUCGAAACAUGGCGUUGCUGGAGACGGCCGCACACAUGGCAGGCCCGGUGAUCCAAGCUGCGCCUGGCCCAGAGCUUGCCAGGAUGCUGCAGACUCUUGUGGGACUCCGGGAAGAGUCCUUUACCAAGGCAGUUGUACAGCGGCACGCCGCAGCCUUGGAAGACAGACUACUGGAACCGUCAACGCUGGGAAGCGCGCGCGUUGCAACGCUGGCCGCGCUGGCGAACGGAGGCGGCACGGGCGUUGACAUGCCGUGGUGGCGUGAGCGCAUUCUGAGGCCCUGGGGGGCGGAGUUGCGGCGGCUAGUUGCUGCUCUGCGCCACGGGCCACGGCGCCUGGGGCGAGGCGCAUAUGAGUCCGAGCUGAUACAGACGCAGUUGAGCGACGUGGGUUCCAGGUGGCAACCCGGGGUACUCGGUGCCUUGGGAGUCCCAUCUCCUCCGCGCUCCUUUGUGCUUAGAGGGGCCCGUGCGGUGCUGAGGCAGAGGCGGCAGACCGACGCCUCGAGCCCGUGGGCACUCCGUGCCUUGGGCUUCCUCUCCUUCCGCCUUGCCUGGACCUCGGGCCAAGCCGUGGAAGACGGCACGCUCAUCUUCACCGCCGCCCGGCAGAUGAAGGCGGACGACGACGUCGAGCUGAUGUCGGUGGAUAUCGGGUUCCUUGAUCGGCGCUACCGCCGCCAUGGCGACGUCGAGCGCGUGGCACUCCUUCGUACUCUGGCGGCGCUGCCGCCGCUGGAGAGGAGGUCGGUGACCGGCACAGUCGACCUUUAUGUGGACCGGGCUGUUUGCCUUUCCUGCUUAGGCAUUCUUCGACAGUUUCAUGAGCUUCUACCGAAGGCCGAGCUCCGGCUCGCCGUCGCCGGGCCACCUUUCUUCCGACACUUCGCCAGCCGGCAGAAGGGCGGCGUGGAGCGAGAGCCGUGCCAGGACACCUCGCUGAGAGAGGGCGACAUCAGCGCCUGGGAUCCGUGA